CCAUGCAAUAAACUCAUUUCCAUUACUACCUGCCUCGCUAUCUGUCAACUUUGAGCCCACAACGGAAGACCUCGAAUGGCUUGCGGCAUUUCAACAACGAUAAGCAUUCAGCGUUGCAUUGCGUCUGUUUUCGCCAUGCAAGUCGCCAGCCAGCCUGCGCCACGAUGCAGCCUCGUGGGCAGCGCCUACGAUCACGACUGCAUAUCCUUCUCACAAUCAGUCCUUUGACGUCUAUUUCGCACCCUCUAAAUCGCAGUUCUUGCGCCGAUAUGACAAACGAGUCGCGCUUGCCAUGAAAUUGCUCGCGAACUUCCACCCAUGGCUUUCAUACGCCUAUUACAUCGCCAAUCCGACGGCGAGAUCGUCUUCCGCAAAACUACCAGCGGCGAUGUCCCUGCCUACGCAAUACUCUCUCAUACCUGGGGAGACGAAGAGGUCAUAUUUCAGGACAUGGAAGCCGGCGCGGAUAGCAAGACCGUGAGCAAGGCUGGAUGGGAGAAGAUACAGUUCUGCGCGAAGCAGGCUGCUGCCGAUGGAUUACAAUACUUCUGGGUAGACACCUGCUGCAUCGACAAGAAGAAUGCGGUUGAGCUCGGCGCGGCAAUCAAUUCUAUGUUUCGGUGGUAUCAGAACGCAGCGCGCUGCUAUGUCUAUCUUUCGGAUGUCUCUAAAUCCACCACCGAAGCGGUUGACGAACGGGUAUGGGAAGAGGCAUUACGGAAGAGUCGAUGGUUCACUCGAGGCUGGACACUUCAAGAGCUUAUCGCGCCGAGGCUGGUUGACUUCUUUAGCUUAGAGGGUGAGCGACUUGGGAACAAAUCAACGCUUGCGGCUAUCAUACACGAGAUUACCGGCAUUGAGAAGAAUGCUCUUCAAGGCAAUGCAUUGUCAAAUUUCACUAUCAAAGACCGGAGAUCCUGGGCGGAGCACCGUAAGACUACGGUUGAAGAGGAUGCAGCAUACUGCUUGAUCGGGAUUUUCGAUGUCUCUAUGGUGCCGAACUAUGGGGAGAGAAAGGACCAGGCAUUCAGGCGGUUGGAGGAAGAGAUCCACAAGUUGUAUAAGGGUGUCGAUUUCGAACAGUUUGCCGUAAGGCUUAACCUCACGUCAUUUCCUGAAGCUGCACAAUUUGUUGCUAGAGAGAAAGAGCUAUCGAAGAUGCACGAGCUGCUUUAUGGUCAUAGUAAUCGAGCUUGUAUCGUCCUAUAUGGUCUCGGUGGAAUCGGAAAGACUCAGUUGCCGAUAGAAUACAUUAGGCGACACAAAGAGAAAUACACGGCGAUAUUCUGGUUGAAUGCGAACGAUCAGGAUUCUCUCAAGCUUAGCUUUCGAGACAUCGCUCAACAGGUGUUGAAGUAUCAUCCUUCGACUAGUCUGCUUGCUGGCGUAGACCUGGACGACCUCGAUCAAGUAAUGUACGCGGUCAAGGCCUGGCUUGAUCUGCAAAAGAACACACGCUGGCUAAUAAUCUAUGACAAUUACGACAACCCCAAGACACCUGGCAACCUCGACUGCUCGGCAGUUGAUAUACGCCAAUUCCUUCCCGGGUCCGACCAGGGCUCAAUCAUUAUCACAACACGAUCUUCGCGAGUUAGCCAAGGUCGUCGCAUCCAUGUUCAGAAGUUGCUAGAUAUUAAGGAGGGCCUUGAGAUCCUGUCGAAUACGUCAAGACGGAAAAAUAUUGCAAAAGACCUUGGCGCUGUAGAGCUUGCUAAGGAACUAGACGGCCUGCCUCUUGCUCUAUCCACCGCAGGUGCAUACCUCGAGCACGUAACAACGAGCUUCUCGGAUUAUCUUCGGCUCUAUAAGGCAUCGUGGUUAAAACUUCAAAAAACCAGUCCACAACUAAGCUCGUAUGAAGAUCGCUCACUAUACACGACAUGGCAGAUCACCUUCGAUCGGAUCCAACAACUGAACCCGGCGUCAGCAAGCUUGCUCAAGCUGUGGGCAUAUUUUGAUCGACAGGAUGUAUGGUUCGAACUCCUUCGAUAUACAAACUCCCUAGACAAUCGAUGGAUACAGGAGCUUAUAGAAGACGAACUGAACUUUAAUGAGGCCAUUGCUCUGCUAUGUAGCUUCGGGCUAGUUGAUCCAGAUGGGGCUCUUCAACAGCAGUUCGGGUCUGGAGGGUAUAGCGUGCAUAGCUGUGUAUACUCCUGGACGGUAUCCGUGCUUAAUAAAGAGUGGGACAAGAGUUUUGCACAGCUAGCGUUACGUUGCGUUGCUUCGAAGAUUCCCAUGAAGAAUAAAACAGACUCGUGGAUAUUACAACGGCGGCUGCUUCAGCAUGCUGUCAGGCAAGAGCAGGCCAUACUUGAAGAUAAAGUGGAUAUAGAAGAAAUGGAAUGGGCUUUGCAUAACUUAGGCAACCUCUACACCAACCAAGGCAAGCUGGCAGAAGCGGAGGCGAUGUACACUCGGGCGCUGCAAGGC